AGUCGGUCGAAUACAGCCAGGUAGGCAACUACGCGUGACGAUAUCGAGACGCGCGCCGUGUCGUAUUCGUACGAUCGUGAAAAAUUCAAAAACUUUCGAAAAAAGCGUUCGUGGUGGCAGUUGUUUUUGACUACAAAAGUCAGUAGGUAAUCGCACCGGCCAUGUGUCUCAAAGUUUAUAAUUAUAUGGCCAUUUUGUUGGUGGUGUGUUUGAGUGUAGUGAUUGCGAAAAAUGUGGAUAAUUUACGAGCUAAAAGAACUGUGGAUGAGGGUAGUUGCAACCACGUUGGGCAGUUCUUUAGUUUGAAGAAUAUUACUGUCUCGAACGUGUCUUCAAAAGGUGCCAUAUGCGGUGGACAAUGUUGCGACGAAAAGACGGAGACCUUAUUAAGGAAGCAGGGCCAAAGGGACUUUGCAGCCCUUCUCCGUCACAACUCCAGGUCGCUUCAGGGAUUGCUCACUUCCACAGCGACAACUUUGCAAAAUCACGUCUCAGAGCUGGCUCGGCAGUCGGAAAACAAAACUCUGCUCCUGUUUUUACAGGUCUACAGAAAAUUGGCGAGUGUAUCGCGCCAACCAAUCGAGACUCUCUACACAGAUAUUAGAAAUUAUAUCUGGAUAAACACGACUGAUGCAAAACCGACAGUCAGUCCCGAAGAAAUCGUUAAUAGCGUGAACGUGUUCUUUGAAGAAUUGUUCCCGUUAGCAUACCGUCACUCUGCUGACAUAUCCGAUAAAGACUUGACACCGAAUUAUAAAGACUGUCUUAAAAAGUCAAUUGAAAACAUAUCACCCUUCGGAGAUAUCCCCAAACAAAUCGGAUUGUCUUUGUCGAAAAGCCUAGAAGCAACUAGGUUACUUUUGCAAGCUUUCAGGAUAGGUUCCGAAGUAUUAAACACAACUGACACGUUGCUCAUUGAUGAACACAGCAGUGACAAUUCAGAAUGUCAUGAUGCUUUACUCAAAAUGACGUACUGUCCCAAAUGCUUGGGUCUUUGGAAACACACCAAACCUUGCAGUGGAUAUUGCCUCAACGUUUUAAGAGGUUGCAUUACGAAAUACGUGGCUGAGCUGGAUUUGCCUUGGAACGGGUUCGUGGAAGGAAUCGAAAGUUUAGUUAACGCCAUGAAAAGAAGUAGCAAUGACGCUGAUGCUAACAUAGAUGCGGUUAUUCGGAAUUUGGAUUAUAAAAUAUCGACAGCUAUCAUGAGGUAUAUGGAGAAGGUCAAGGAUAUUGAUGUUAGGGUCAGGCAAAUUUGCGGUUCCGCCGAAUUCUCUCAAAAGGAAAAUCCUCUUCUGGGGGAGAGCAGCACCCCGUUCCCUCCAGCAGCCAGCGGCAAACCCCGAAGCACCAAUCCCAGGAACUUCUCGCCUUUACCCGAAAACGAACUGUCGCAUUUUCUGUCUGCUAUCGCGAAAACGAAAGGAUUCUACGCGAAUCUCGCGAACACCCUUUGCCAGGACGAGUCCUUCGCCGAACGAAAGGAUCAACAAUGUUGGAACGGUGAAAGAAUUGCGGAAUACACGAAAACAGUCGUCGAUGUAGGCUUCGACAUGCAGAAAUAUAAUCCCGAAGUAAAGCCCAGCACAAAUAUACAGAGUAUCGAUCCUAGAGUAGCCAAUUUAGUAGACAAAUUGCGGCGUGUACAUCAUAUCGCCAGUACUUCUGUUGGACCAAACUAUUCUGAUUCGGAUAUGCAACGUGACGGGACUGAAGGUUCAGGAUCAGGGGCUGGCCCCGAUAUCGAUGAUGAUGACUUGAUGAGAGGAUCUGGAUCUGGCGACGGACCCACAGACCACGACGAUUCUGUAGAGCCACGUGUGAAUACCAACAAUAACCAACCAACCCAAGGAUCCAAAACACCAACUAGUCACGACCAAACCCCAACGGUCCACCUUGUAGGAUACAGCAAUAGAAUCACUCCUACACCUACAGUGAUCUUAGUAAUUGUUGCUGUCAUUUCAUGGAAAUGCAGACUUUUUAUGUAAAAAAUGAAUAUUUAAAAAAAGAAAUUAUAAAUAGACUCUAAAAGUGUGUGAAAGAGAGGGAUGUAAUUGAAAUGGGUAUAGUCGAAGAAAAGAAGAGAUUAGAAAAGGUCUAUUUGGUGUUGUUGAAGAUUUAAAAAGGAAUAUUUAUGACGGUUUUUUUUUUAGAAAAUGGUGCCAUUUUAAUUUUUGGGAAAGAGACUAAUAUUAGUAUACGGUUUUUGGCUGUCGGAGAUUUUGAAAAAUUUCGAAAAGGAAUUAGGUCCAGAGUAACAUUAAAUUGUAUAUUAUGUGCUUGAAAUUACGUUUAUUUUGAAAAGGUGACAUUUAUCUCGAAUAUAAGUACUUAUCUUAAAUUUAAUUC